AUGAGGAAUCAGGAUAUAGAAGAGUUUAUCGCGCUCACAAAAGCUUCUCGAAGUACUGCCAGAGCAUAUCUUUCUAAUAAUAACUGGGCACUAGAAUAUGCGCUGAAUGACUUCUACGACACUGUACAGGGUGGGUUUACCUCAAGGCCACCUCCACCACAACUGCUUACGCUGUUUAACGAGUACAAAAAAGGGGAAGAAGACACAAUCUCAACAGAUGGCCUCAUCAGAUUUAUAGGAGACCUUGGCCUGGACCUUGAAGACCCUACAACUCUGUGCGUAGCCGACGCAAUGCAUUGCACUUCAUUGAGCCAAAGUGUCUCCAAAGAAAUGUUCGUUCAGGGCUGGCACGACAACCUCUGUGAAAACCUCCAACAAAUCAAAGAAAAGGUUAAAGAGCUUGAUGAAAAACUGCGAAGAGACUCUGCGUACUUCGAGCACAUUUACAGUUUCACCUACACCCUAGCAUUAGAACCGAAUGAAAAACAACUAGAUCUAGAAACCGCGAUCGCCUACUGGCACCUUUUAUUCCCAACGGAUGGUGCUUACGCCAUUCAAAUUCCACAGAAAAGACUUUGUUCUUGGACUGCCUUCCUGACACGAAAUGUUUCAAGAAUUCAUCAUGAUAUCUGGAAAAUGUUUCUAAAAUUUGCGAGGAUGUUUCCUGACAAUAAGACCCUCAAGCAAGGCUACAAUGAAGACGAUGCAUGGCCUGUGUUGAUAGACGAAUACUAUGAAUACUUGGAAGAAGAAGGUGAGUUGUGA